AUGAGUGCUAUGCGCGAAUCCGACAGCCCGGCCGCCGAACCUCAGUUUUCGGCGCCCUCCAAGCCCGCCCCACGCGCCGGGCAUCGCCGUUCGCGCAGCCUGACAACCAACAGUCUCGUGCGGCACACCCUGCAUGUCACCCCAGAACAGCAGGCAUACGUCAAUGGGCUCAUAGACAAGUGGGAAGCCAAGAAUCCCCUCAAGCCCUUCAAGCCCUUCGAACUUCCCGCGGACUUCGCAGUUCGCUUGAGCGCUCUAUCCAACGCUGCUGCUGAACCACUGCUACAUCAGCGAGACGACCCUGGAGCUCCCGAACGAGCCGGCCUCUCGGAGGAGCACCGAAGCGUCGCACUGCCCCCCACCAACAGGGAAGAGCAGAUGGACUCAACUACUUCCCGCAAGCGCAGCCGCGAGGAGGUCAGCAGCGACGACGAGGAGGACGGACCUCGCAAGCAGUCGGCCACCUCUCCUGCCGAUCCCAAGCCUUCCGACGAGGACAACGUCCCCACACAGUGCACUGAGGAGACAGGGACAGAGGCCACAACACCUGCGAGCCUCGACGAAGCUGCCGCUGCUGCAGUGACCUCCUCGGCGGCCCAUACUACUUCGGCGAGCCCCUCCCCCGCCCUUUUCCCGUCAGGAGACACGCUGGUGGCCGAUGCUGCUGGCCAGGGCAGCGGUAGCCCUCCUCCCGCCCCUGCGGCAGCUGAGACGCCGACAACCCCUCUCGAUUCACUCUCGGCUGAAGCAGAGGCCAUGGACGAGGCUACAGUUGACACCUGCACGCAGGAAACCACUCGGAAGACCACCCCAGUGACCACAAUGGCCUUUCUGAGGUCCCCAACGGCAGGAGAACAGCCAGCAUCCCGCAAGAGGAAGAAGAAGGGCAGGAAGACGGCUCGGAAACAGCACACCCCUGCUGCACCCCUGAGCACCUCGGCUGUCUCUUCCUCUGCGGGACCAAGGGCCCCUCUGCUGAUCCUCCCCCCUGAGAGCCAGCCAGAGGAGGUGAGCUUCCAGGAGGUGAAGUCAAAGGCUGCACUGCGGCGCGCCAGGAAAACCACCACCGCUGCCCUGCCGGUGGACCCUGCUGUCGUGGGGACAGUGCUUUUCCGGCCCUCUGCUCCUCGCGGCUCAUUUCGCGGCCCUCCACGCCUGAGUAUCGCGCAGGCGCUCCCAUCGCACCCGGGUGUUGCUGACAUCCGGGUGAAUCACCACCGCAACAUCGUGGCGGUGGACGUGACCUCUCAGGAGUGCCUCACUCUGCUCCUGGCCCUCACGGAGCUGCGGGGCAUACCGGUCACUGCCAGGGAGCCCGCGGACCGCCACACCAGCAUGGGUUCAUUCAUGGCAUGGAUGGAGACCCUGCAGAGAACGCCCUGCUUCCUGGCCUCCAGUCUGCUGUUCCCGUGCUAG